AUAACCUAUGGGUGCAUCGAGGAAAUAUAUCGUCGGCAUCAUUUCGUGAGAAUCCAAACGAGCAGAAAUAGAUCUGCAGCAAUCGCAUGAUGCUUUCAAAACACCCCCAAUCUGAGUCGGGAGUUGUUAGUGGACCGCUGAUUAUUAUACCGAGCAGGGUAUUGGCUUAUUGCCCACGUCGUAGCGGAAGUGCGUAGCGGGCGUAUUUAAUUUACCCGCAUAUUCUUCCGAGAGAGUUUGAUGCACGAGGGUCAUCCGCCAAGGUCCCCGUGCCGGCGUAGCGGUGUUCCUGGUUCACGGUGCGGUCGUGCCUUUUAUAAAUCAUGGCCCCGACGAAUACCUGAGAGACUGUCGUAGAUGGAAAACCUAAUUUAGAUAAAGGGGUAAUGCAUCUUUGCGGCUGAGCGUUGAAAAUCCUUGGAAGACACGAUGUUACAACACACAGAAGAUGGUGACCGCUACGAGCUGACAAGCCCGACUGCCAUGCCGAAGGCCGGUGGCUUUCUCUGGAAUCAAAAGAUGAUGAUCCAAAUCACUUGUCGGGGAUAUGCAACCGCACAGUUCAUGCAGCCCGAGCCGGCCAAGUAUGCGCAUGCCCCUAAUCUCGAGGCCAAAACUUUUAUGCAGCCCGAACAAAACUAUUACGCCCAUCACCCAGGUCGGUUCGUCUACGUCAAAGAUGAGGAGACCGGCCAAAUAUUCUCGGCACCCUACGAACCCGUUCGUGCCCCGCUGGAUCGAUUUGUCUUUUCUGUUGGCAAAAGUAAUGUUUCCUGGACUGUCGAGAACCUUGGGAUCCGCAUUGAGAUGACCCUAGUGAUUCCAACUCAUGAUGUAGUUGAGCUUUGGACCGUUAAGGUGACUAAUUUAACUGCACGACCGCGGAGAGUUAGUGUGUAUCCUUAUUUCCCAUUUGGAUACAUGUCGUGGAUGAACCAAGAGGCAGAAUGGCGACCAGAUCUUGGCGGCGUGGUGAGCAGCAGUGUCACGCCAUAUCAGAAGGCGACCGAUUGGUUGAAAAACAAAUAUCUCAAGGACAAGUCAUAUUUCCUAUGUGAAUCCGAGCCUACAUCAUGGGAAGCCAUGCAGCAAGCUUUCGAAGGCGAGGGAGGGCUGCAUGCGCCAUCCUCACUAUUACUACCCGAACUUGGACGCAGUGAUGCUCGCUAUGAAACUCCCGUGGCCGCCGUACAGUAUCGCGCGGAGUUGAAGACGGACGACCAGCGCGAGUACCGAUUUGCGUUUGGACCCGCGUACGACGAUGCCGAAAUCCGUAGAGUCCGAGAAAAGUAUCUUAGCAAGGAAGCCUUUGAACAGGCGGCGCGCGAGUAUGCGGAGUAUAUUGCUAAAGGGAAGGGGUGCUUAACAAUCGAGACGCCUGACAAGCACGUGGAUAAUUUCGUCAAUCACUGGCUGCCGAGGCAAUGUUACUACCAUGGCGACGUGAACAGGUUGACCACGGACCCACAAACCCGCAACUAUCUGCAGGAUAACAUGGGCAUGUCCUAUAUCAAGCCCGAGGUUGCGCGAAAGGCAUUCAUUACGGCAGUGGGACAACAGGAGAAGGAUGGCGCGAUGCCUGACGGUAUUUUGAUAACAGAAGGCGCGGAGCUCAAAUAUAUCAAUCAGAUCCCGCAUACCGAUCACUGUAUCUGGUUACCAGUCACGCUUGCGGCGUAUCUCUCGGAGACGGGUGACUAUGAUCUCCUCAAAGAGAAAGUGAAGGAUAUGCACGGCGAUACGUAUACAGUGUUCGAACGCUUCAGCCGAGCAAUGGACUGGCUACUUUCGGCACGGGACGAGCGUGGCCUAAGCUAUAUCGCACAAGGUGACUGGUGCGAUCCGCUUAACAUGGUGGGAUAUAAGGGCAAGGGCGUAUCGGGAUGGCAGACAGUAGCGACGGCGUUUGCGUUGAAAUUGUGGGCAGACGUGUGUGAGCAGGAGGGCAAAGCCGACCUAGCAAAGAGCUAUCGCGAGAGUGCCAAGACGGUCAACGAUGCAGCUAACAAACACCUAUGGGAUGGUGACUGGUUUGCGCGGGGCAUUACUGACGACAACGUGAUUUUUGGUGUGAAGAAAGAUAAAGAAGGGCGUAUCUGGCUGAAUCCGCAGACAUGGUCGAUCCUCAGUGGAGCAGCGAGCCCUGAACAGAUCGCACGGAUGCUUCCCCAAGUAGACUCGCAGUUAGGAACCCCGUAUGGCACUGUCAUGUUCGGGCCCCAAUAUAAAGGCAUGCGAGAGGAUGUAGGGCGCGUAACCCAGAAAUAUCCUGGCUCCGCAGAAAAUGGGUCGGUAUACAACCACGCGGCCGCUUUCUACGUACACAGUCUAUAUUCGAUCGGGGAGGCAGACCGGGCGUACGAUGUCCUGCGGAAGAUGAUUCCGGGACCAUCGGAGGAGGAUUACGUACAACGGGGACAGCUCCCAGUUUAUAUUCCCAACUACUACCGCGGGGCGUACCAAUAUUAUCCACGUACGGCCGGGCGAUCUAGCCAGUUGUUUAAUACGGGGACAGUAUCUUGGGUUUAUCGGUCCUUUAUCGAGGAAUUAUGCGGGCUGCGCGGCGAUGCAAAGGGCCUGUGUAUCCAGCCGCAGUUACCAUCUUUCUGGGAUGCGAUCAAGGUUACUCGACUGUUCCGUGGCGCCACGUUUGUGGUAGAUAUGCGUCAGUCAGCCGAAGUGACAAAAGUCGUAGUGAAGUAUGAGGGUCAAAUCCUCCCGGAGGCGCGGUUUACAAACAUACAACCUGGCAAGACGUAUGAAUUAUCUGUCACCAUUCCCAAAUGAUUGGACUCGUUCGCCCGUUGCCAUCAGCUGUAUAUACCUAGGUAGCCUCUGGUAUAUCGAUGUCAUGUUGGGCUAGUCGAUUGUGAUGACGAAAAAAAAAAAGAGAGGAGUUCUGCAUCUGUUCCUUGUUAAAACAUUGUCAAUGGCACUCCCUUCGUUCAUAUUAGGCACGUAGAAUAUUCAAUCUUGGAUUCCCCCAGAUGGGAAUCU